AUGACGGAGGAAACACCAAGAUAUGCUGUAGUUACUGGAGCAAACAGGGGGAUUGGGUUAGAGAUCUGCAAACAAUUAGCGAACAAUGGGAUUAGAGUCGUUUUGACCUCUAGAGACGAGAAGAAAGGACUUGAAGCUGUUCAGACACUGAGGCAAGAGAUUGGUGUUUCUGAUCAAACUCUUGUCUUUCAUCAGCUUGAUGUCACUGAUCAUGCUAGUGUCACAUCUCUUGCCGAGUUUGUUAAAACCCAAUUUGGAAAACUCGAUAUCCUGGUAGGUUUCAACUGGGAAGAGACUAUCACAGAGAACUAUGAGCUAGCUAAAGAAUGCAUGAAUAUUAAUUACUAUGGACCAAAGAGAAUGUGCGAGGCGUUUAUUCCACUUUUGAAGUUAUCUGAUUCUCCUAGAAUCGUCAAUGUAUCAUCCUUCAUGGGUCAACUAAAGGGUAUAUUUAAUGAAUGGGCAAAAGGAGUUCUGAGUGACGCAGAGAAUCUAACGGAGGAAAGAAUCGACGAAGUAAUUAACAAACUUCUUGAUGAGUUCAAAGAAGGAAAGAUUAAGACAAAAGACUGGGCUAGUGUUAUGUCCGCAUACGUGGUUUCCAAGGCAGGGUUGAACGGUUACACGAGGAUCAUAGCCAAGAAACAUCCAGAGAUUCGCGUGAACGCUGUUUGUCCUGGCUUUGUUAAGACGGAUAUGAAUUAUAAGACUGGAGUUUUGUCUGUGGAAGAGGGAGCAUCAAGUCCUGUGAGAUUGGCUUUGCUUCCGCAUCAAGAAACUACUUCUGGUUGUUUCUUUAACCGCAAGGAACUCUCAGAGUUCUAA